AUGGAGGUCGGAGGACGAACAACUACCGACAGCCAAGGAGGAAGAAAGAUCGAUUGUGAAGUGCGAACGAAACCGUGGCAUGGAGGAGGAACAGCGACGGCCGACGUCGAACAAAUGCAGAGGAGGAACCAGCGAUGGCGAACCAACUGUGGAGGUCAGGACCAGGUGAAGUUUUCUCUAGAGGCUGCAAAAUUUUGUCAAAGUAAUGCGGGUGUUGGAUUAUAUGAUGCUUCAGCUGUAUCAUCAAGGGAAUCAAGAUCUCUGGCAGAGGAUGCCUGUUUUCAUCCUUCAAUUAUGUCCAUCAGCUAUUAUUCGUUUGAGCAUUGUUUUUCCAUCUAUUCGCCAUUUUUUCUACCAGUUUCAAUGCAUGUCCUCCUAGGCCUAGCUGCUUUAAGAGAAUGGAAAAGAUACAAGCAAGAGAAUAGGAAGCACUUGGCAGGGAAGGCCAAAGCAAAAGUACAUCUUAAUCCCUUUGACUAG